AUCUUAGGUCGGCGUUCACGGUUUGACUUCUGAGAUUCAGAUCUAGCUCUAGGUAUUUUUUUCUAACUGGAUGGUUCGACUUUUAAGAAAUUUGACUACCACUGUACCACUGUAUAUAACAUGAGCACGUGAAACCGCGCGCACGAGCACCCGCUGGCCGUGAGCGCGCGCGGAAAAGCAUACAGGCCAUGUUAUGCAUUAUAAAUACAUCCUUAAAAUGGCAAGUAUUUUAUUUGUAGCGCUAUUCCCUAAGGAAUAACGUCUCUAUAGAGCUACCCACGUAUCUUCAGCAGGUUUUACGAAAUCUUUAAAUGUAUUCAGAUUUCGAUUCAGAAAAAGCUGACAACCACAUUUUAUUUGCUACGGCUGAAAGAAACGUAAAUGUGAUACAUCUAGACAUAUACCAAAGCCAGAAAACAUCAGUAAAUAAUCCGUUUUGCUUUGACACUCAAACUUAUUUGUUUUCAAAGUAAAACUUAUACUGUAGAAUAUUAUCUGCAACAAGAGCAAUCAUCAUGGUUCUUUUUCUGCUUUCUGCACAUAAGAAAUCUUCCGCGCGCCAACCUGCGAGUAACAUUUAACAGAAUAUGCUCAGAACAAAGCACUUACAAAACAUCAAGCAAGUCCUAUGUAUCCAUUAAGUAAAUAAUACAUGUCAUAUACAUAUACAGUAUAAGUUAUUAUUAUCUGCAGAUGCCAGGUGCCCUUAAAUCAUGGGAGGCACUGUGAUUUUCCGAGGAAAUACUGAGGCGUAUUCCUGCACUGAACAGGAAGCUGCAUCACAAAUCCGGGGAGUCCACGGCUCUGCUCAGCCUUCGUAGUUGACCACCAGUAGCGGCAGCAGCAGGAUGAGCUCAGACGGGGGAGGCAAGCCGGUCAAGGUGGGGUCCCUGGUGGAGGUGAUCGGUAAGGGCCACCGCGGCACCGUGGCCUACAUCGGCGCCACUCUAUUCGCCACCGGCAAGUGGGUGGGCGUUAUCCUGGACGAUCCCAAGGGCAAGAAUGACGGCACUGUGCAAGGCAAACGCUAUUUCACCUGCGAGGAAAACCACGGCAUCUUUGUGCGCCAGUCCCAGAUCCAGCUGGUUGAGGAUGGGAUGGACACCACGUCUCCCGAGACUCCGGAGCCAGCCGCCUCUAAGGUCCCCAAACGAGAGGUUACUGAGACGCCAAAAUCAAGCAAGCUGCGAGGAGUGAAGGCCAAGAAGACGCCCGCGCCACGGAAGACCACCACCAGGCGCACCAAGCAGCCCAGCCGGCCCACUGGCUCCACGGCCUCCAAGGCGGGCCCCUCGGGGUCGGCCUCCGCCUCUGCUGGGGAAAUGAGCAGCAGCGAGCCCAGCACCCCCGCUCAAACUCCUCUGGCAGCACCUGUCAUCCCAUCACCCAGCGGCAACCUGCUGUCACCCGGGGCCCCACCUGUACCUGUCCCCAGCAAGGAGGAGGAGGCACUCAGGGCUCAGGUGAAGGACCUGGAGGAGAAGCUGGAGACCCUGCGUAUGAAGCGCAAUGAGGACAAGGCUAAGCUGAAGGAGCUGGAGAAGUACAAGAUCCAGCUGGAGCAGCUGCAGGAGUGGAAGAGCAAGAUGCAGGAGCAGCAGGCCGAGCUGCAGAAGCAGCUUAAGGAGGCCAGAAAGGAGGCGAAAGAGGCCCUAGAGGCUAAGGACCGCUACAUGGAGGAAAUGGCCGACACGGCAGAUGCCAUCGAGAUGGCCACGCUGGACAAGGAGAUGGCGGAGGAGCGGGCGGAGUCACUGCAGCAGGAGGUGGACUCCCUGAAGGAGAAGGUGGAGGAGCUCACCAUGGACCUUGAAAUUCUCAAGCAUGAGAUAGAGGAGAAAGGCUCCGAUGGAGCAGCGUCCAGCUACCAUGUGAAGCAGCUGGAGGAGCAGAACGGCAGACUGAAGGAGGCUUUGGUCAGGAUGCGAGAUCUGUCAGCUUCAGAAAAACAGGAGCAUGUGAAGCUACAGAAGCAGAUGGAGAAGAAGAACUCUGAGCUGGAGACGCUACGGCAGCAGAGAGAGAAGCUGCUAGAGGAGAUGAAGCAGGCUGAGAAGACCAUUGAUGAGCUGAAGGAACAGGUCGACGCCGCCUUGGGGGCGGAGGAGAUGGUGGAGACCUUGACAGAGAGGAACUUGGACCUGGAGGAGAAAGUGCGGGAGCUACGGGAGACGGUCACUGACUUGGAGGCCAUUAAUGAGAUGAACGACGAGCUGCAGGAAAACGCGCGGGAGACGGAGCUGGAGCUGCGGGAGCAGCUGGACCUGGGUGUGGCGCAGGUGCGGGAGGCAGAAAAGAGAGUGGAGGCAGCCCAGGAGACUGUUGCGGACUUCCAGCAGACCAUACAGAAGUACCGGGAGCUAACCGCGCACCUGCAGGAGGUAAACAGGGAGCUGAUGAGCCAGCAGGAGGCCUCAGUGGAGCAGCAGCAGCAGCCGCCCGUCGAGAUGUUUGAUUUCAAGAUCAAGUUUGCAGAAACCAAGGCCUAUGCGAAGGCUAUCGAAAUGGAGCUUAGGAAGAUGGAGGUGAUCCAGGCCAGCAGACAGGUGUCCCUGCUCACCUCCUUCAUGCCGGAUUCCUUCCUGCGGCAUGGCGGAGACCACGACUGCAUCCUCGUCCUGCUGCUCAUCCCGCGGCUCAUCUGCAAGGCGGAGCUGAUCAGCAAGCAGGCGCAGGAGAAGUUUAACCUGAACGAGAACUGCGUGGCUCGCGCCGGGAUGCGUGGCGCAGUGGGGGAGCAGCUGAGCUUCGCCGCCGGCCUGGUCUACUCCCUCAGCCUGCUGCAGGCCACCUUGCACAAAUACGAGCAAGCUCUGAACCAGUGCAGCGUGGAGGUGUAUAAGAAGGUGGGCAUGCUGUACCCGGAGAUGAGCGUUCAUGAGCGCAGCCUGGAUUUUCUCAUCGACCUGCUGCACAAAGACCAGCUGGACGAGACGGUGAAUGUGGAGCCUCUGACCAAGGCCAUCAAGUACUACCAGCACCUGUACAGCAUCCAUCUGGCAGAGCAGGCAGAGGACUGCACCAUGCAGCUGGCCGACCACAUCCGGUUUACCCAGAGUGCCUUGGACUGCAUGGCUGUGGAGGUGGGCCGCCUGCGUGCUUACCUUCAGCCUGGCCAGGAUGGCACCGACCUGGCCGUCCUGCUCAAGGACCUGGAAACCUCUUGUAGCGACAUUCGCCAGUUCUGCAAAAAGAUCCGUCGCAGGAUGCCUGGCACCGAUGCCCCGGGUAUCCCAGCAGCCCUCGCUUUUGGCCAGCAGGUGUCAGACACACUGAUGGACUGCCGCAAGCAGCUGACCUGGGUGGUGGCCGUGCUGCAGGAGGUGGCAGCAGCGGGAGCCCAGAUGAUCGCCCCGCUCAGCGAGCAGGAGGGCCUGUCAGCCCUGAAGAUGGAGGACGUGGCCUUCAAGGCGGCCGAGCAGGUCUAUGGCUCCCAGGGCAUCAGUCCCUAUGAGUGUCUACGCCAGUCCUACAGUGUUGUCAUCGCCACCAUGAACAAGAUGGCCACUGCCAUGCAGGAGGGCGAAUACGACUCGGAGAAGCCUCAUGGCCAGACACCCUCGCCGGUGGAUCUGCGGGCUGCUGCACUGCGAGCUGAGAUCAUGGACGCAGAGGGUCUGGGCCUCAAGCUGGAGGAUAGGGAGACAGUCAUCAAAGAACUCAAGAAGUCCUUAAAAAUUAAGGGAGAGGAGCUAAGCGAGGCUAAUGUGCGCCUGAGCCUGCUGGAGAAGAAGCUGGACAGCUCCUCAAAAGACGCGGAUGAGCGUGUGGAGAAGAUCCAGACCAAGCUGGAUGAGACGCAGACCCUCCUCAAGAAGAAAGAGAAGGAGUUUGAGGAGACCAUGGACGCGCUGCAGGCUGACAUCGACCAGCUGGAGUCUGAGAAGGCUGAACUGAAGCAGCGACUCAACAGCCAGUCCAAGAUGAGCACAGAGGGCCUGCGGGCUGCACCAGCGUCUGGGAUCGCCUCCAUCGUCACCGGCAUGACUGGAGAUGAGCAGAAAGGUGUUGCUGUGGCCACCAUGGCCGGGGGCUCGGGGUCCCUUCAGGUCGUCGACUCUCCCCUCCUGCUGCAGCAGAUCGAAGCCCAGCGCCUCAGCAUCAAGCACCUGAAGAAUGAGAACAACCGUCUGAAGGCAGAGAAGAUGAGUGCUCAGCUUGCUUCCCUGCCCCCACUGCGUGUGUCGAAGCUGCCCAGCAAGGACGGCUCCCGGCCCGAGGUGCUCUCCAGCGCCCUCUAUCGUAAAACAGACCAGCUGCUGGAGACCCUGCUCCAGAUGAGUGCCAACGUGAAGGUGGUGGACGUCACUGGCAAAUCACCAGUGAGCCCGAGUGCCCAGCUUCUGGAGCAAACCGCUCGUCUCCAGUCCCUCAGCGAGACCCUCGACAGGCUUAAGGAUGAAGUCGCUGAGCAUGUGGUGGUGCAGAGGCCAGGUGCCAGAGUCCCCUCUGACUUUGCCACGUUCCCAUCCACUUCUUUUGUUAAGGCUAAAGAAGAAAAAAAAGAUGACACGUUAUUGGUGGGAAAGGUGAUGUUGCCUUGCUCUCGCGGCCAGGAGCAGGUGCAUCGCCUCGUCCUAUCACAGCCGCAGCUCCACAGAGUGCACCGCCUUCUCCUUGCUUAGGCUCCACCCCUACUCACACCUCUGGUGUGUUAGUCUGCACGAAUGACACCUCGCCGUACACCAAUCUCCACAUUAGUUUCACAACAUUCAUUUCAGCUGCCAUUUUUGCCACUGACCUACGAAAAUGCCAAUGCUACAUUUGAGAAGGAUAUUACAGGUUUGAGAAUAUCUGAUGUCCAUUUCAGUUACUAUGUUUAAAAUGUCCUUGGAUUGCUAGGGAAUAGUUCAAUACACUUUUAAGAUUUCAGUUUUGUUUAUACCAUUCAAUGUGGAUAAAAGUACACACAUGCUUAUAAAUUUCACCAUAUGAAGGCAGACUGUCAUGUGGAUCGUUUUGUAACUUGAGUAUUUCUGUCGGACAUAUUACUUCUGGCCAGUAGAGUAAUUUUAUCACUAAGAUCUUACGUAAGGUUAAUUUGUUGCGUAAGGUUAAGCUGAGAACAGUUAUUGUUUUUCAUUUUAAUUUAAAAUAUUUAUCAAAUGUAGUGUUAUUUAAUGUUUUUAUACAUUAACAAAUAUUUCAUUUAGUAUAGCUAAAGCAUACUAAUUUUUAUCUUACUUUGGUAAGCCAUUAAUUUACCAUAGCAGUAUCUUCAAAUGUAGUGCCGUUAAGUUUGUGAAAUAUCUACUGGAUGCAUAACAUUUUUAUUAUUAUGAUGAAGAUGUAACAUUUCAUUUGUAUGAGAUGGAACUAAGAUAUAUGAAGAUACAUAUUUUGUUAUUUGGGGAUUGUCCUUCACAUUUUGUUCCACCAUUGAGAAGUUAAUAAGUAUCAUAAUGUCUAUUUAUUUAACAUGCCUGCUUACGAUGACCGUUUGGAGACUGUUCCCAGUGUGACUGAGAUGCAACAGCUUCUCUUUGAAACUGUUCCAGUCUUAUCACAAAUACAGGUACUUGUAAGGAUGUCAUGCCAAACAAGAACUGAAACUCAUUGCUCAGAAUGUUUACCUAAUAAUGCACUAUAGUUUAUCUUUGUCUUAUGUGAAAGAGGAGGUGAAGUUCUUUUAGAGAGUAUACUUGAGUAAUAGUGACCAACCAAUAUGAAGUAACCACUCUGCGUAAUCACUCCUUACUCUCUCAGUGCUGCAGUUGUAUUGAGGGCACUCCUGUAACCUAAUAUAUAUUUCCCAGCUUUAACCCCCACUGUAUGCAUCGGCUGUAGCAUCUUGAAAAUUCAACAUAUGCUAGAAACACUCUGCGGCCUUGUAGUACUGUAACCAUACAUACAAUAAACCGUUACUCCAGAACACUC